AUUGUUAAUGUGACUGUGCAAAACGGUGGAGAAGAUUCAUACGAGACGAAGCUGUUCUUCGAUGUUCCAGAAGGAUUUGAGUACAGUGGUGUGGUAUCGACCGAUGAAAAGACAGCCCCAAGCUGUUCGCCUACAACAACUGAACCAAAUGAAGAUGGUAGCUGGACCUUUGCUUGUGAACUGGGAAAUCCCCUACCACAGGAUAAAACACUAUCGACAGCCGUUAGAAUUACAGCCAACGAACAAAAGCCGCCGUUGAAGCCCAUUGAAAUCCGCGCCUACGUCAACAGUACCAACGAAGAAGAUAUAAGCACCGCGAAUGACAAUAUGAUCACGUUUACCGUACCAGUGGACUUCAGAAAUCAACUUACUCUGAAUGGUAGAUCAAAUCCUGAACAGGUUGACUUUUCUACUCGAAACAAAACUCCUACUGAUGUCUUUGAUGAUAGUGAAAUCGGGCCGGUUGUCAGUCAUCUGUACCAGGUCUCAAACCGUGGUCCAUCCGAAAUCGAUUCUGCCACUCUCGAUAUUUUUUGGCCAUCAUUCUCCACUGAAGGCGGCCAUUUGCUUUAUAUGAUCACUGAUCCAGUCAUAAGCGAUCCUUCUAAGGGUCGAUGCAGGGUUAAGCAAGUUCAAAACAUCAACCCACUCAAUUUGAGAGUGACUAAUGAACAUCUUGCUACGGAGAGCUUCAACCGCCUGCCGGGUGUUGACUAUGAAGCUGAACCAGAAGAAGAAGAAGGAGUGAGAGACGAAGGAGGCGGUGGAGACAUAAGGGGACCCGUUGGAGGCGUACGAGGACAUGGUGGAGACGUAAGAGGACAUGGUGGAGACGUAAGAGGA